CAUCUGCAUUUUAGGAAAGACCUGACUUAAAGGUUGAAAGUGAAUUGGGAGGAUGUUUACAGCAAAGGCAGAGAGAUGUAAUGAAACAGUCCAGGUGAGAGAAGUUGGAUGUUUGACAUCGGGUGUUGAGAACAGGAGUGGAUAUAAUAGGUGUUAAAAGUACAGUUAACAGGAAUUGGUGAAUAGGGAAAAGGGAUGAGAGGUAAGAAUAAGUAAGGAUAGUUUUCAAGUUUCUAGAUUGGGUUUGGUAGAUGGGUAGUGACGUAAUUCAUAAAAAUGUUGCCAAAAGUAGGUAGAGCAGAUUUAAGAAGGAUAGAUGAUUAAUUUAGACUUGAAUAUUUUGAGGCUGUGGUAUAGCUAUUCAGGAAGCAAACAAAAAGAAUAAUUUGUAUUUCAGAAAGAGAUUUGACUUAGAAACAUAGAUUUGAAAGAAAUAAAAAUAGUUAAAACCAUGAAAAUAGAUGAAGUCAAUUCAGAGAUUAUGUACUGAAUAGGGAAGAGAGGAGAGGAUGGAUCCCUGGAAUCAACGACAUAAUGAGAUGGAGAAAAUGGUGGGACUGAGGCCACAGGAGAAACAACUCUAGAGUGCCAUGCCAUGGAAACUGAGGGAGGCUAAUUUCAGGCUAACAGUUUAACUUACAGUUCGGUAAUGCCAAGAGGCUAAGAAAGAAAACCCUUUGAAGUUGACAGUUUCAAAACACAAGCAACUGAAUGGUUAAAGCUUAUGCAACUCUCCCAAAACAGUGUAUGUUUACUCUUAUCUCUAAACAAAACUAGACCUAUUGUAAUUCAGACAUAUGGAUGUCUCACCUGUAAAAAAAAUUAUCUCCAUCGAAGAUUUACUUCUUGUAUCUGACUUUAUUCCCUUUGGUUGCAGUUUUAGUCACUUUAUUCUUCUCACGAAGAAUGGUAGACAAUGUGAUCUGGACUAUGUGAUAAUGUAGCAGAAAUGCAGAAAUCAUGACUUUGGUUUCUUUUUUCUCUUUCCUCUUCAAGUCAUUGAUAAUGGCCCUUAGCAAUUCCAGCCAGAGGCUACCCCAGCCUUCUUUUUUCCUGGUAGGGGUUCCGGGUUUCGAGGAAAGCCAGCACUGGAUCGCACUGCCCAUGGGCAUCCUUUACCUCCUUGCUCUAGUGGGCAAUGUUACCAUUCUCUUCAUCAUCUGGAUGGACUCCUCCUUGCACCAACCUAUGUACCUCUUCCUGUCCAUGCUAGCUGCCAUCGACCUGGUUCUGGCCUCCUCCACUGCACCCAAAGCCCUUGCAGUGCUCCUGGUUCACGCCCAUGAGAUUGGGUACACUGUCUGCCUGAUUCAGAUGUUCUUUAUCCAUGCAUUCCCCUCCAUGGAGUCGGGGGUACUUGUGGCCAUGGCCCUGGAUCGCUAUGUAGCCAUUUGUCACCCCUUGCACCAUUCCACGAUCCUGCAUCCAGGGGUCAUAGGACGCAUUGGAAUGGCAGUGCUGGUGCGGGGAAUACUACUCCUCAUCCCCUUCCCCAUUCUGUUGCGAAAACUUAUCUUCUGCCAGGCCACCGUCAUAGGCCAUGCCUAUUGUGAACAUAUGGCUGUUGUGAAACUUGCCUGCUCAGCAACCACGGUGAACCGAGCUUAUGGACUGACUGUGGCCUUGCUUGUGGUUGGGCUGGAUGUCCUGGCCAUUGGUGUUUCCUAUGCCUACAUCCUCCAGGCAGUGCUGAAGGUACCAGGGAGUGAGGCCCUACUUAAGGCCUUUGGCACAUGUGGAUCUCAUGUUUGUGUGAUUCUCAUCUUCUAUGUCCCCGGAAUGUUCUCCUUCCUCACUCACCGCUUUAGCCACCAUGUACCCCAUCAUGUUCAUGUUCUUCUGGCCACACUGUAUCUCCUCGUGCCACCUGCACUCAAUCCUCUUGUCUAUGGGGUGAAGACUCAGCAGAUCCGCCAGCGAGUGCUCGGGGUGUUUACCCAAAAGAAUUGAUCUGAACAUAUUCUCAUAGUUUUCUCCAGAGGCUCCUGCCACUGACACAGCCAGGAACUCAUGGCUGGUGCAGAUUAUAUGGAUAGGAGUAAUUUUCACAGCUACUAGUCCUUCUAGUGUCCCUCAUAUCACAGCAAAGACUAUCCAGAGGCACUUGGCUUCACAGCUUAUUGGAUAUACCUGUAUACCUGGAUAUUUGUGAAU